GUUUAAAAACAUUUUCAGUUCUUAAUCCGCGUACAUUUAAAAUUUAGGUUUAAUAAUGAAAUAUUACUAACAGACCCGGAUAUUAAGUUUACAUGCCAAGCUGUAGUUUGCUGAUGUUAGCGUUAGCCUAGCAUACAGAGGAGACUGAUGAGAGGACAGUGACUAUAGAUACAGAGUAAUAUAGAUAUAAAUAUAUAUACACACACAGAGAGAUUAUAUAAGGUUUGUAGUGAGCAUGAAUAUGCACAGAAAGCUGGUGUUCAGGCUCUAUAACGUGCACAGGUCAGUUAUUAGUCCUGUAAGUCCACCAUUAAACCCUGCAGCAUGUAUGAGGAGGAUCAGCUCAUCCACCAGACUCAACACAGUCAUGCAGGCCUGGGUUCUGGAUCAAUAUGGGGACAACAGUGUGCUCAGAUUCACCAAAAAUGCUGCCUUCCCCAUCAUACACUACCCAAACGAGGUGAUAGUCAAAGUGCACGCAGCUGGAAUCAACCCCAUUGAUGUGAACAUGAGAGGUGGUUAUGGUGCUGCCACUCUGGCCAUGAAGCGCGACCCGUUGAACUUGAACAAGUCGGGCGGGGAGUUCCCGGUGAUCCUGGGUCGUGACGUUUCGGGGGUCAUCAUGGAGUGCGGCCUGGACGUGGCAUACUUCAAACCGGGAGACGAGGUGUGGGCGGCCAUCUCUCCGUGGAAGCAGGGCGCCCUGGCGGAGUUUGUGGUGCUCAGCGCUAACGAGGUCUCACACAAGCCCAAAACCCUGAGCCACUUGGAGGCGGCGUCUGUCCCCUACGUAGCAGCUACGGCCUGGUCGGCUCUGGUCAACACCGGCGGCCUCACCAAAGACAACUGCGCCAAGAAACGUGUUCUGAUCCUGGGGGGUUCAGGAGGGGUCGGAACGUUUGCUAUACAGUUGUUGAAGGCGUGGGGCGCUCACGUGACGGUGACGUGUUCCGGCGGUGCCGAGCGCUUGGUGAGGGGUCUGGGAGCCGAUGACGUGGUGGAUUACACGGCGGGACCUGUGGAGAGAGAACUGCAGAGGCUGGAGAGGUUCGAUCUGGUUCUGGACAACAUCGGCGGGGAGACGGAGAAGUGGGCGCUGGCUCUGCUGAAGCCCUGGUCCGGUGCCAAGUACGUCACCCUGGUGACACCGUUCCUGCGCAACACCGACCAGCUCGGCCUCGCCGACGGCAUGAUGCAGACGGGCGUCACCAUAGCGACGAAGGCACUCAAGCAUUUAGCUAAAGGGGUUCAUUACCGGUGGGGAUUCUUCACCCCGAGCGGCCCUGCGCUGGACGAGAUCAGUGAAGUAGUGGACGCAGGAAAGAUCAAGGCCGUGGUGGAGGAGACCUUCUCUUUCUCUCAGGUUCCUCAGGCUUUCCAGAAAGUGGAGGGCGGCCACGCCCGAGGCAAGACUGUAGUAACCAUUGCCAAGGAGCAGGAUGAGUGACCGUAGCGACCAGCGCGGAUGGAACCCGAGACCUGCGGUCACGUUUUAUGGACACAAAUUAAAACCUUGACGGUUUAAGAUAAACGUUUAGUGCAGAACUACAGAGGAAAGAUGUCGGACUGAAACUCCAGCACCGUGUGAGCACUUUGUGUUUUUAGGGAAGAUUCUGUGGGUACAGGUUUAACAUCAAUGUGUUGAUUAAAAUAAUCACUUUAUUCAAAUAAAUAAUCUCAUGUAAAUAA